AUGGCCGUCACAGCUAUCCUGCUAGCGCUUCUUCCCGGAGGCCUGGUACAGUUUGGACCUAGCAUGGCUGAGAUAAGCCUCCUGAGCACCCGCAGACCAAUCCUUGCCAUGCUCCUAGGCUUUGGACUAAUGUCACCAAACCCUAACGAGUUUGAUUACGAGGCCAUAUUGGAGAAAGCCUCUAACAACAACGAGCCCCUUGUGCCCCUACGCAUUUUAGAUGGACGCUCCUUCGCUGCAAAGGUUCUUGUGUCUCUUGUUGAAUAUGGCAUCGGGUUGGCCGCGACGGGAAACUUGUUCUGGGAAGUCUAUAGGUUCACGUAUCAGGCUAUAUCCCUCGCCCCGAUGGUCGUCUACAUUUACGGCUUGCCAGAGACAUCUAUACUGUUUGGUUGGGCCUUUCUGAACAUACCAAUCUACCUGCUAAGCUUUGGCGUCUUCGCCUUGACCUUCCGCCGGACGGCACCAAGAAGCAAUCUUGUUAGCUUGAUCGUUGGCGAGCUGACUCCUUGUGGCCAAGGCCGAAACCUUACAAUCAGGCGUCGAGACAACAGACGGUUUCAACAGAACCUUCUUGGGACUGCUGUCAGAGUGAUUGGAGGUCUUCAUAUCAUUCUUGGCACUGUUCUCAUCGGUAGCAUUGUUCUUAUCCCUUUGGCAGACUCUUUGCCGGUCAUCUACACCUUUGUCUUCGCGGCUUUAUUUACAAGGGCUGUCUUGGUUUACGAGUUGAAUGGUCUGGCGAGAAAGACGACUGUAGAGAAGGAGAACAUGUCACGGGAAGCUGAUGCUGAGGCCAAAGGUCUUCUAGGCGUCAAUUGUAUCCCACUGAACCAAAUGGAUAUGGAAGAGUAA